AAUCUGCCUGAGUCUCACAGAUGAGGCAGUUUGUUAACACACUGGGAAACGGAGCGGUAAUCGGACAUCUUUGGCACCUAGCAGGGUCUGAUCUGGUCUUGGUCACCUGACACACACACAUAUACACACACACACACACACACACACGGUGUUCGGCUCCACCUCGCGCUGCGGGUGUGUGUAAAGCUCCAGCCCGUUAUUUCAAGGUUAUCUCCUGCCGGAGCCUCACUUUCCGGAUCCUAUGGGAUUUCUUUUAACCUCGGUGUUUCUCUGGGCUGCUGUCGGAGGUAAGCGUUUCUCACUUUAAUUUCAGGCUCUGGUUUUAAUGGUUAUGAGAGCUCUCAGUGUGAGAUAUCGGGACUAAAUAGGAGUGAUAGCUCUCAGCAGGCAUCAGCCUCUCUCUGUCUCUCUCUCUGCUUUUGCGUUUACUGUUCGCAUUUUUACUGUUUUUACCGGCUGGAUUUCACUUAGGCAGAGCAAAGUAAUCGCGUUUUCACUACUUUCCGGGUCAGACCGAAGGUGUUUGCUAACCUUAUGGUUAAAUCCUCCGGGCUUUAGCCAAAUAAGAUAAACAGGAGCUGUUAUAUAAUUCAUGAUGCGCCCACCUUUCUGCUCCUGUCUGCCGGACUGACGUUGCUGCUGACAGGAUACAGUUUCAUAAAGAUCGAGGUUUUAAAAGAGAACAAAUAUAGACACAUUUCACACACCUCAAAAAUCUAUUGUAACAUCUUAACGUGAGAUUUAAAUCUCCACACAGGUGAGCGGAACAGCGCACAUGUGCGCGUGCUUACAGCAUGUUGACACGCGCCCAUCGCUGUGAGAACGUGAAGGCUCCGUUAAUUAAAUCAGCGCAGUGUAGGGUUAGAGAGUGAUGGUGAAUUUCCUUCGUUUAAAAACGGUUAAAUUACAGUAUAAAUCUGUGAUAUCACCUCCUCAGAGCUAACAAACUGUUGGAGAGUUAAUAUCUGUUUAUGUGUCGCAUUAGUUUAGGUCAGUAACAGCAACACCCUGAGGGAGCUAAAGCUAGUUAGCAUUUUAUCCUAAACAAAACAUGUCAACUGCAGGCAAUCUAAUCGUGGACUACAACAUGCCACUGCGGGGUCAAAUUACAUGCCAAUAGGUGGAGAAAUGUUGGUAUAAAAUCAGAACAGGUGCGCCUGGCUUUAGUAUUUAUUGGUGUGAUGACCAUUAUGAGCUGUGUUUGUCAGAGCUAGGUGCCACAAUGAAAUGAGCAAAAUAAGUAUCAAUAGCUUAAGCUAAAAAAUGCAAAAGAUUAUAUGCAGGUAAAGAUUAGAUAACUUAAAUAAAUGUUCAAUAUUAUAAUUACUUGACUUUCACUUAUGUAGCACCUUUAGAGACCAUUUUUUCCAAAGUGCUUUGAAUUACAGGCAGAUAUGAAAACAAAGCUCGAACAUUAAGAAUGCAAGCACAAAAAGAAGCCAUCGGUUUAACCUAAUCAUCAUAAGAACACAAUAAAACAGUUCAAGCACCACUAUUAAAGGAAACCAAAUGUGAGCCCAGGCAACACAAUAACCUAACAUCAUGAUCUGAACUGAGACUACAAAGACUAAAUGCAAUUCAGAGGUAAAACAUUUAGAGCCAAGGCAGGUAAAACAAGUUAGAAUAAAGAAAUGCUUAAAGGCAAUAAUAGGAAAAAUGAUUAUAAAAUAGAGUUUAACAGAAGACCAUCUAACAAGUGAAAUAUGCUGCAAAUGUAAAUACAAAAUUUAAAAAAAUCCUUAAAAGCUAAAGUAGUUUCAAGCUCCUACAAGCCUGUAGCAAUUUCAUUAAAAAGUUUUACUCGUUUACUGCCUUCAUUUUUGGUUGCAGCUUUUUUCUGUCUUUGUGCAUGUUUUAAAAGCCUUAGAGUUAAGUACAGUAUAUGUGGUUAAAAGCUUAUAAAGUUAGUUGUCAUGCAAGCAGACAAACAGAAACUUUGAUAAUUUUGUUGGCAAAUAAAGCUAUAAAAAUGAAUUAGCUGUAGUGACAGUUAUGAGUAUUAGUUUCUGCCUAAAUGAGCUCUGACAGAGGCUCUUGUUUCCAUAACUUAAACCUGCUCAUUGGCUGAUUGUGAGCUCAUUAAAAACAGGACAAGUCCACAAAACCAGAGUCAGGUCAUAACUUUUCGAUUUGGCCAAGCUCUUAGAUGGCUGGAGGAAAGCACAUCCACACACACGCCUCCGUCACACGGACACACUGUGACUUACAAAGGCAGACCAUGAGCAGCUCACGUGUCUGCAGGGGGGCGUUCAGCAGUAGCCUGGGAAUCAAUUAGGCCUAUUGAUCCUGAUCUGUCCUGAUCUGUCUGUGAGCUGACACAAACCACAGGGUUUGAUCUAACUUGCAGAUUCUGCAUGUGUCCUGUUGAUAAAAGGUGUAAAUUAACAUGAUUAUCUACUAAGUGUUGAAUAGCUGCAGAUUAAGUAAAUUUGGGAUCAAUGUAAUUAGUUCAGGAAGGGACUCUUAAACGGCUAAAUAAAGGCAAACUAAUUGAUUAGGAUCUUUGUGGCUCAGUCUUUUCCGUGCACCAAUGUCCAAACAAUGAAAGGAAAGGUUGCCGUCUGCAGGUCGAGCAUGUAUUUUAAUCAAUUUUGACAUUUAGCUCCUUGUCAGUGUCAGUCUAUCUGUGCAAAAAGGCCCAGAAGGGCAUGCUCAGUGUGCCUUUAAUGAGUUACUGUGAGCCUGAUCCUACUCUGACUGAUUUAGCCUGCAUGGGUGACAAACUACCUGAGAGCCAAAGCUUCUGGGAAUAUCUGCAUCCAAAGGAGAGGGAGAGAGAGAGAGGCUUAAGCUUCUGUGCUGUGUCACUUUACCACAGUGCUUACCUUAAUGAGGGAAAAGCUCAGCCCACGCCAAUGCAGGACAAAUCACUACUGCACAAACUAGUUCAGCGGUACUGUUUCAUCACGUGUAUGUGUGUGUGUGCUGUUUUUACUGCGACACAGAUGCUUAAAUUUACUGUUAAUCAUUAUUUCUUACUCUGUUUUGUGCCUCAGUGGGAAGCAGGCCAGUUACCUCCCCCCUUAAUGAUGCCAAGGUCUGAAAAUUUCCCUUUUUACCUAUCUAAUCUUUCAGCAUAAUACACAUUUUAAUUGCUGAUCCAGUAAUUGUGUGUUUUUGCUCCCACUGUGCCUCUAGGUUGAAUGUAUUAUCCAAGAGACUCUGAAUGAAGAUGGAGCGCACCAUGAAUGUGGCCCACAGCUAGCAGGUAACAAAGCAAAUUACCUGUUGUUGUGUUGUUGUUGUUUUUUUUCACAACAAAGUGCCAAGGAGAGACAUUUGACUUUGAAUUUAACUUUAGAGCUCUUGUGAAGAGUUUUAGCUGCAUGUAAAACAGACUUGAAAUAAACACUAAUACCUUAAAGUUACCUUUCAUUAUUUUGGCUGCUUCUAACUUGAAUAUCAUGAUCCAAAAGUCCUGAACCCUUUCAUUUCAACACUAUUCAGCCUCUGCCUGAUCCACUUCAUUUUGGCUGCUAUUCCACUGCUAAAAAGAGAGGGGUGUUACUUUUUACACAGAUAUGUUGUCAUAAAACAACCUGAAAUGUAUGCCUUGUCAAAAGAUAUCGAGGACUAGCUGGAAGAGCUACAUUUAGUCUCAUCAAGACACCUUAGCCAUAGUCCUAUUAUAUGCUGUUAUGUUGUCACUUACAGCUAGUGUCUCUGAGUUUCAUGAGGAUCUUACUAGAUGAGCAACUCCAGGUUUUAGAAACAGGCUUUUGUUUACAAAGUAAUCAUCAGAGAAGUAGGGAAUGCAAAAAAAAAAAAACAGGAUGAUAUUUGCAUUUGAGCUCAUCUUUAUCAAUCACCAUAAGCAUCUAUCAAUGAAAAAAAUGAUCAACCACAAGAAAGAAAGACUACAUCAGAAACAUAUGCUACAGUCCAAAUCAAAUGCAACACUGAAAAUAUGCUGCAAACGAAAUUUGUGCUGCAAAAAGCCCCAUUCAGACUACCCCUGCAGACCUGAAGCACUUCAAUUAAAAAGGGUUUCCUUAUUUUUUACUUCUUUCUUUAUUUGCUGCAGUUUCCUGUCUUUGUGCAAUUUAGCUUUGCAUUAUUUGUGAAUCAAGCAGCAUGUUUACUGUUCAUGAAUUCUUUAGGCUUUUUGCAGCGUGUUAUUUCCACUCUUGAGUUCGUUUGGGACUGUUGCGUGUGUUUUAAACAUUUGGUUGUUCCUGCAUCUGCAGCAGGUUUAUUGUAACAGAGAUCAUUCUGACCCUAACCCUUGUCUUUUAGCAUUGUUUUAAAAGGACGACACAAUCUGAUUUCAGAUUUUCGCAGCAGCUUUACACAUUAAUGUUGUAAGCAGUGAGGGUCUAAAUUGCUUUUGUAUGUCAUAAAAAGGCAGCAGAACAAAUUUCAGUCUGUUGUAUAACCAGCUAAAACUCCUUACAUCAGCUUUGAAUACACUUUAAGGUGAAACUUUUAACUUUUAUUGCAGAAAUGUUUACCUAUUUUAAUCUGAUCUAAUCUUUAAUGUAUGUUCAGCACAUGCCUGAUGUCCAAAGACUUUUUUUUUUCUAUAGUGUUUUAAAUGUAACUCACUUUGUUGGUUUUCUGUUCUUUGUUUUUGAAUAAUUUGUGCAGAGGAGCUGGAUGAAGUGCAGAGACACCAGGGUCUGCUCAGGGAGCUGCAGAAGCUGGCAGGUGAUGGUGAGCAGCAACAUCUUAAAGACAUUUUACUGCAUAUUUAAGUUUCCCUCUGAAGUUAUUCAUGACAGACGAUACAUGCACAACGAUGCAUCUAAACCUGCUGAUGUUUUCUGUUGAUGUCUGCAGAGAGGGAGAGGGAGCGAGAAGACGAGAGGGAGAGAUAUGACUACAGCCUGGCUGAGGAUGAAGGGGACUUUGAAGAUGAAGAUGAAGAGACAAAGGAGGAUAGUGAGGUGACCAGUCCCACACAGAAGACUGAUGAAAAGAAAGACACCAGAGCAGAGGAAGAUGACACCAAAGAGACGAAGCCAAAGGAAGAGCAACAGAUCGAGGACAAAGGGAGGGACACAGAGGAGGAGAGAGCCAAGGAACUGGAGGAGCUGCUCGCUGAGGAGAUCACAAAGAAAGGAAAGGAGGAGAGGAACGAUGAAGAGCUAAAGGAGCUGCUGAAAGAGCUGAAGAAGAAACGCUACGAGGCAGUGAAGGAGAGGGAGAGCCAAAAAGACUUAGGAGAUGAGCAGAAGGAGGAGGUGAAGAAAGUGGAGGACAAAGAGAAGGAGGUAAAAACUGCAGAGGAGGUGGAAAAACAGAGAAUGGAAGAGAGAAGGAAGAGUGAAGUGGAGCUGAUGGUGGAGAAGGAGAAGGUGGAGAAGGAGCUAAAGGAGCUGCUGAAGGAGCAGGACAGUAAAAACAGGCCGGAGCAGGAGAGGGAGAGGAAGGAGAAGCAGGAGGAGCUGGAGGAGCUUGUCAGAAAGAUGAAACGAGUGCAGGAGGAGGAGGGCGAGGACGAAACGCAGCGUGGGAAGAAAGACGAGGGUGUGGAUGACAAGACAAAAGAGGUGAAGACAGAGGAGAAAGAAAAGGAGGUUGGAGAGAAAACAGAGAAAGACGAGAAGAAGAAAGAGGAGGCGACAGAUGUGAAGGAGCCACAGCAGAAGAGAGUGAUGGAGAAGGCGAGCGAUGAAGCGACACGGCAGUUUGAGAGGGAGAGGUACAAGGACGAAGAAGAGGAGGAGGAGGGAGAAGAUGAAGACGAGUAUGUCAGGGAGGAUGGGCAGGAGGAGGAGGAAGGAGGAGAAGUUGAAGAGGAUGAAGGAGAGGUAAGGUGACACAAAUACAGAGUGAGUUUCAGUGAUUUAUGAAUGAUGAUUUACUCAAACAAGGAAUUUAUCACAGUCUUAACAAGUACAGCAGCUUUAGCUCUGAUGUAAGGAGGCCAUGUUUUCAUAAACUCGCUUUUAUAUGUAAAACAGUAUCAGAGAUCUGAAAGCUGUAAUCCAAAGCAUUAUCAGACUCCCUUGAUGCUUAAAUUCUUGUUUCUUCCUCCACAGGAGCUGCUGGAGAUUGAGGCAGAGUUGCGCAAAGUUGCUGCAGAGCUGAGGGAGCUUCGCCGAGGAUAAGACACACAAACGCAAACACACACACACACACGCACACACACACAGAACAGACUGACUAAACCCUUUGUUGCAUUCACAAUCACACAUUCAGCUCACACAUUUUCCAUUUAACAGCCUUCACAUCCCCUCAGCACUCAGAAAUAUCUUUAGUAGAAACAUUAGGAAAAACCUGGUGUUUCCAUUCUGGGAGGAAGACUGAACCGUUUCUGCAGCACUCGUUUAAAUGCAGCUAAGUGUUGAGGUAAAGGAGAAUCUGAUGAGUCAUGGUAUCAGUCCCUGUAAAUGGUGUUAGUGAGGUAGACAGGUGAUUGUACUCUAGUUAUAAACCGCCAUGGAUGUAAAGUGUUCAAAACUCUGUAUUUUUGACUGCAACACACCAACAUCAUCACCUUUGAGUUUGGAUACUCGCAUCAGAGCUUGUUUUUCUGCAGGUAUCAUCCUCAAAGGUGUGUUCGUUAUGGGAACAGAAGCUCUCAGUCUAAUAGAAGUUAAAUGUGUUUUAAUGUUUAUUAUGUGCAAUAAUUAUGUGUCAGCUGUUCCUGCUGUUCUGACUGUUAAUAUGUACUACUGAUAUUUCUACAGAGGAGUCAGUCAUAAUUUCCUUGAAAUGUAGAAACAGGUAUUGUGUUUCAUUUUGGCUCACGCACUGUUAAAACCAGACUGUUUGUGGAGAACUGGAGUGACAUGAAGUAAACAGAUGAAGCUCAUCAGGGGUAGAAAUCCUGCACAAUGACACCAGUGAUAGAUUCUGCAGUUUGUCCUGAGCAUGGUCUGUGUCUUUGGUGACAGGAUGUGAUGUACUUAGAGCUUACAAGGUCUAAAAGUGUCACUCCAGGUUCUCAGCCAGCUUUGCACUCUUAUCUUAACAAGCCAAGGAGGAGAGGGACACUAAAGCCAUUUUGUCGUCUUUUUGGUAACAGCUACAUGCAUAAAUGCUCAGUAUUGUUACAUCACAGUUUCAUGGCUGUCAUGCCGUUUUUUGUAUAUAUGAUAACAUAGUCUGCAAGCCAAGGUCAUUAAAUAUAUGAGGCAACAGCGCCCCCAGGAGGACUUUGAGUAGAAAUGCAUAUAGUGCGGGAAAAAACAGGGUUUACCACUGGAGGCCAAUGUAAUGCAAUAAGGUUAUAAAGACUAAAGCACACCUGAAUGCAAUAAUUAGCCAAAUAAUAACUUAUUUUAUGUAUUUUAAUAUGUCAUCCUAUCAUACACUGAACAGGUCAAAUCUCUUUUUCUACACAGCUGAGACAGAGGCAACACAUCCAGAUCAGCUGAUGUAAACAGGAAGUAAAAACGCUCAUUACUGUCUAUUCCAAAUAGGGAUCUGUUCAGAAAACACAACCCAAGUCCAAAAAUGUUGAGACGCCAUGUUAGCUGUUGAUAAAACUGACUUUUUUGGUUUGCAAAUCGUCUAGUCUUUAUUAUAUGGGAAACAGGUUUUGGAACAACAUCUGCUGACAUCCAGACAAUGACUUUUUUUUCUGGGAAGACCUUCACAUCUAAGCAAGACAAUGACAAACCACAGUCAACAGCAUAGCUCUGUAGUAGAGGAAUCCUGCUGCUAAACUGGCCUGCGUACAUUUGGAGCAUUAUGACAAAAAUAUGACAGUAUGCAGUAUUAACAACUAAAUAUGUGGUUUUAUUGAUUUGCAAACCUUCAAACAAUGUUUAAACAGCAGUAUACACCUCAUCCCGUACUUUUCAGGAUUGUGUUAAAGAAGUUAAAGUCCUGUUGUUUUCUUUUCUGUAGAAGUUCAAGAUGUUUUUUUUUAUAACAAUGUCACUAACAAACCAGCAAGAAAGAAGCAGAAAACGUCUGUAUGGGGGGGGGGGGGGUGUAAUUAUGUGACAGAAGACUUUUCAAACAACAGGAUAGCAACAUCAUUUGUUAAUAUUACUGUCCAAUCAGAGUGCUGUAUUUUGUGCCUGCUGUAUCUUCUACUACCUGUUAAUCAAAUAAAAGGAAACUGUAUUAAACUGGAAUAUUUGGUCGGACAAGUAUGUUCAUUAGACACAGGAGCAGAAUACCUUCAGGUUCAAAAGCUAGUGUGGUUUUUGUAAGAUUAAUUUAUGGCACAAACCGUAAAUAUGAACUCUGUACAGGUGAACCUAAGUUAUAUUGAACCCAGUAAAUCCUGAGCGCUUUAUUUGUGCAGUGAAGAAGAUGAGACAGAAUAGUCUGAUUCUGAGGAAACUGACGGACUGGAAGUCGCAGACGUUGUUGUCUUUGUUGUCGACUCAGGAGGGGUCUGUUUGUCCAGCACUGACUGGAUGUGGUCGAGGAGAGACGAGAAGAACUGUGGCACGCCCUCGUAACCUGAGAGAGAACAGACAUGAAUCAGAACAUCACUUAGUGUGUGUGCGCGCGUGUGUGUGUGU